CUUUCGCUGGGGUGUGGAGGGAGUAGAUAUUCUGGGAUAUCGCUGCUUGCGCUCCGCCGGGAAACGUGUUUCUUUGACGUUUUUCAAGCGGAAAUCUGAGGGAGAAUUUCUGUGGACUUGAUGGUGAGGGGGGAUCAUUACAUGGUUAAAUGGGGAAGAUAUUUCCUCGGCCCUCCAGCUCUCCGCGACGCGUUUGGUGAUAAUGGUCUUGGUGUGUCGCCGUUUUACUUCGGUGGAUCCAGUUUCCUUUCCGUCUCAGCACAGCCGGAGCUGAUAGAGUGGGAUCUGGUAGGCCUCCUGGCACCGACCUCUCAGAGGAUCAUCUUCACGGGAUCUUCUUUGGAGUUGUACCGUGCAUGGCAAGAAUCUGCUUUCUUGCUGCCUCACUGAUAUUGCAUGGCCUAAACGACUUAAUAUUUUUAUGAGGCGCCUUGCACCAGACAUGGGCCAGGACCAAACCAAGCAGCAGAUAGAGAAGGGCCUGAGGCUGUAUCAGUCCAACCAGACGGACAAAGCCCUUCAUGUGUGGACAAAAGUGCUGGAAAAGACCUCGGACCCUGGAGGGAAGUUUCGGGUUCUGGGGUGCCUGAUCACAGCGCACUCAGAAAUGGGAAAAUACAAAGAUAUGCUCAAGUACGCCCUUGAUCAAAUCGACACAGCCAGAGAAAUGGAGGACCCGGACUACCUGACCGAGGGCUACCUGAACUUGGCUCGCAGCAACGAGAAGCUGUGCGACUUCCAGAAAACGGUGUCCUACUGUAAGACCUGCUUAAACAUGCAGGGCACCACCGUCAGCCUGCAGCUCAACGGCCAGGUGUGCCUCAGCAUGGGCAACGCCUUCCUGGGCCUCAGCGUCUUCCAGAAGGCGCUGGAGAGCUACGAGAAGGCCCUGCGCUACGCGCACAACAACGACGACAAGAUGCUGGAGUGCAGAGUCUGCUGCAGUCUGGGGAACAUCUAUGUCCAUCUUAAGGACUAUGAGAAAGCUCUGUUCUUCCCCUGCAAAGCAGCUGAGCUCGUCAACGACUACGGCAAAGGCUGGAGCCUCAAGUAUCGAGCCAUGAGCCAGUACCACAUGUCUGUAGCCUACAGGAAGCUGGAGCGCCUCCCGGACGCCAUGGAGUGCUGCGAGGAGUCCAUGAAGAUCGCUCUGCAGCACGGCGACCGGCCUCUGCAGGCUCUGUGCUUACUUAACUUUGCAGACAUACACCGUUGCAGGCGUGACGUUGAUAAAGCAUUCCCUCGCUAUGAGUCUGCACUGGGUAUCAUGACUGAGAUCGGAAACCGUCUCGGACAGACACAUGUCUACCUGGGGGUCGCAAAGUGCUGGCUCCAGCAGAAAGAAUUUGACAAGGCGCUUGAUUCUUUGCAGCGAGCACAGACGCUGGCAGAUGGAAUGGGAAACAAGCUGUGUGCGCUGAAGGUCCACUGCCUGAGUGAGGGGAUCUACCGAAGCCGGGGGCAGCAGGAGGAGCUCAGAGAGCAGGUGGUGAAGUUCCUGCAGUGUGUCGAGGAGCUGGAGCUCUACUGCGGCAUGUGCGGAGAGUCCAUCGGGGACAGGGACCAAAAGCUGCAGGCCUUACCCUGUUCCCACAUUUUCCAUCUGAAGUGUCUGCAGACAAAUGGGACAAAGGGCUGCCCUAAAUGUUUCAAGUCGUCCGUGAAGCCUGGAUUUGUGUGAUUGUGAAGCUGCGUUCGUGCGUUGGAUCCGCAGACACAGCGCGACGCCUCGUGGGCUCCUGACUGAUCUGAGAGAAGCAGGCAGCCUCGGGAUGAGCCCAAGACGUUUCAGGAGCAUCAGCUCGCUGCUCUGAGCGGGGGACGCUGAACUGAACACCCCCCCCUCCCCCUUCCCACCGAGCGUCUCAGAGUGCGUCUCAAAGGACACGAGAGAGGCAUCCAUCAUUUUAUUUAGACAUCAGUCUGAAGCUGGCAGCGGAGGUAUAACUGUUACAUUUCAAGGGAAGCUGAAGAACCUGCAUCGUUUCUGGCGGCUGGACGUUCGUCGCAGCGUUUCAUUAGGAUGAUACGGACCGUCCAGUGAACGUUUCUAGACUUAGUGUAUUGACGAUUUUACGCUUUAGAUUUGAUUAGUGAAUACGAGAUGAUUCAGUGAUGUCUCAGCCACCUUAGUCACAGGCUUGAUGUUCGACUUCUACCAUUUUACACCACAUCCACUUUUCAUUAGUUGAGCCAAUCCUGAAUUUAAGUGACUUCAUACGUAUUUAUUACUGUGUUCAUGUACAUACUAUUCUCAUGUUUAUUUGUUUCGAAAGGGCUUGAUUUAUUUGAGGUGUUUUUGUAAUACCUAAAACUAACUAAAAUCUCUUAACCAUUCAAAAACUAGUAUGUCUUUACGAAACAGGAACAUGCAGCUGUUUUUUUGUUUGUUUUGUAUUGUUUAUUUUUUGUCCUUAUUCACAGAGACUAAGGAGCAGGAUCAACACACAUUGUGUUCAUAGAAAUUCCUUUUCUUUUCUGUUUCACUCUUAACUCUGGCGUCAAAGCAACAUCAUUGCAGAACAGAUAAAAAGGAGAAGAAACGCUUUGGGAAAGGAUCUUUGACCAAUCACACACUCACACACCAGUAUUUGUGGUUACGUUAAGAUUAUUUACUUGCAAAGGCUUUGUGAUUUCAAGGUGAUUUUGAGCCAGAAAGCCAAUAUCGAUUAACGUAGUCGUUGCAUGUUUUAUUUACGGUGCCGAGCAAUGAGAUCACAUCAAAUGAUGAAGCCAUGUAGCUCUUUAUUUACUCACCUUGUUGUUUAUAUACACAAAAGAUUAAAACGUACUAAAUUUCUUUUUGAGACUGUGCUUAUCGUUUGCGUAACCGCUCAUUACAGUAGAUGAUUGAAGACACUCGGUUCAGCUGUUUAGUGAAAACGGGAGAGAUGUGAGGUACUGCGCGGGCAAAACCACUUCAUCCGACGAUAUUCUCGCUUUAAGACGAACUUUGGUUUUCUCUCGGCCAUACAAAAUGUGAAGAGAGAGAGCGACACAUUUACUUUUACUGCACAAGCACUUAUAUUUCUCACUUCUGAACAGCAUCUUGUUCUUGUUUGAGGUCUCUGCUUCCAGCAUAUCGAUGAGUCGUGGUCUGUUGACCUGCAGCUCGGUCGGAGUGAAGCAUUACCUACAGUAAUGAUGAUCCCGGGUUGUGGGGUAUGAAAACAGUGCCGCUCAUCUUUAACAGUUUUAACUACCUCUGUUUUUGCCUCCGAGCUUUGAGGAUAAAUGCAGUAAUACAACAACAAUGAAACACAUGUAGAUUUGUUCUGUUUUUUUUUCUUUUUUUUUUUCUAGACAUCAUGUUAAUAUAACCGUGAUUUAUUUGAUUUAGAGUCUGACUGAAAUGCAUUGUUAAUAUAUUUAUGCAUUUAGUCAAACCAUGUUACUGGAAAUGUUUCAUUGUGGAAAAUAAAGAGCACUGAAAGUGAA